UAAUAUAUCGACACCUGUGCUCAGUCCUUUUGUUUCUUCUUCUUCCCUAAAUUUCGAGACGAGGAGAUUCUCAGUUUCCAAGAAUUUAUUUUUCUUUGCUUACGAAAUCUCUCUCUCACUCUGUCUCUCAGAUCCAUCAGAUAAGGUUCUUGCUCUUCCCCGUUAUUGAAAGAUGGACAGGGCAGACACAUGGGGAUUUGUCAGUGGUGGGAGAUGUUUAUACCUCAAGUUGCUUUUAUGUUUAUAGUUUACAAGGUGUUCCAAGUAUUCUUGUUUUGGGCGUUCUGUUUCUUCCCUUUUGCCAUCCUUCUGUCUUCUUCACAUGGAUAUGAACGAGAGUGUCGUUCACUUGUCUCGUGCCAAUGGUAUUGCAAAGCUUGACAAUUUCGGUGAUACUGCUCUCAGCUUGAAAUGCCUUGGAAGCAGCGCAGGGAGAUUAAUGGGGAGCUCUCACCACAACCAUAAGCUUUGUUCUGAUGUUUCUAACUGUCCUGAUGGUGGUUGCCGGUUGGUUCUCGGUUUGGGUCCAACACCACCUUCCUAUUAUUACAAUGUCAGUGUUAAUAGUAACAAAGGCUCAGCUUCUUCUGGGAUUGUUCAUUCUGGGAUUGUUCAAGAACUCUCGUCAGGUGGUAAUUCAAUUCUGCAGCUCGGUCCUCCCGCUGUGGCCAUGGAUACUUUCAGUGGACUUGAUUGUUCAUUGUUGACAUAUACAGAGACCAAUGUGUCCCAAGCUGUUGUUGAUGAGGGUUCUACCUCUGCGAAGCGAUCAGGUGGCUAUAUGCCGUCGCUUCUUUUCGCUCCAAGGACGGAAAACGUUAGAAAACCUUCAAGAAUGCAAGAUUGUAGCACUGAUUUUGGACAAACUGAUGCUUCACAGCUGAGCCAUGAGUCAGAGCUCUCUGACAGGACGGCAUCUUCUCAGCAAAGGACGACCAACCCGAAGAAGUGCAAAUUCAUGGGAUGUGCGAAAGGAGCUAGAGGAGCUUCAGGGCUCUGCAUUGGCCAUGGAGGUGGGCAGAGAUGUCAAAAGGCAGGCUGCAACAAAGGUGCUGAGAGCAAAACUACUUUCUGCAAAGCCCAUGGUGGAGGAAAGAGAUGCCAACACUUGGGAUGUACAAAAAGCGCUGAAGGGAAAACGGAUUUCUGUAUAUCUCACGGCGGUGGAAGACGGUGUGGGUUCCCUGAGGGAUGCACCAAGGCGGCACGUGGCAAAUCAGGGCUCUGCAUCAAGCACGGUGGUGGCAAAAGGUGUAGGAUCGAAGGCUGUACACGAAGUGCUGAGGGACAAGCUGGGCUUUGUAUUUCCCACGGUGGUGGGAGGCGUUGUCAGUCUUCAGGGUGUACAAAAGGUGCUCAGGGAAGUACAAACUACUGCAAAGCUCAUGGUGGAGGAAAACGCUGCAUAUUUGCGGGAUGUACAAAGGGAGCGGAAGGUAGCACUCCGCUGUGCAAAGCGCACGGAGGAGGAAAACGCUGUAUGUUUGAUGGAGGUGGGAUUUGUCCAAAGAGUGUGCACGGUGGGACAAGUUUCUGUGUAGCUCAUGGUGGAGGGAAGAGAUGUGUUGUGGAAGGGUGCACGAAGAGCGCUCGAGGGAGGACUGAUUGCUGUGUGAAGCACGGUGGUGGGAAACGGUGUAAGUCUUUAGGGUGUGAGAAGAGUGCGCAAGGUAGCACUGAUUUCUGCAAGGCUCAUGGUGGAGGGAAACGUUGCUCUUGGGGAGGGGAUUGGAAAUGCGAGAAAUUCGCUAGAGGAAAGAGCGGUUUAUGCGCUGCGCAUAAUAGUAUGUCUCAGGACAAAGCUGGAAGCAAGAUUGGUUUGAUUGGACCAGGACUUUUCCGUGGCCUUGUCUCCACUUCUUCCCAAACCACAACAACUGCGACUACUACUACGACCACUGAUCAUUCUCAAUCUGGAGUCAGCGCGGUUUCUGACUGUACAGACUCCAUUGACCACCACCCGCCGCAGCUGCAUCAUCAUCAUCAUCCUGAGAAAAGACAGAAGCUGAUGAUACCAAUGCAGGUUCUUGUGCCUCCAUCAAUGAAAUCCUUGAGCUUCUCAAACAGUGAGAGACCGGAAACCGAGACAAACAACAACAGUAGCAGCAACGGGAGGAACAUCUUUGACUUUAUGAUUCCUGAGGAGAGAGUUCACGGCGGCGGGCUUAUGUCUCUGCUUAAUGGCAGCCUGAAACAAACUCUCCAUUGAUGGAUUUUGAAAGCUUUCUCUAUCGAGCUCAUCACCAAAAAGCUAGAAUCCGUGUAAAGCUUUAUGUAAUAUGUAUAGUUUUCUGGGUUUUUUUUUUUGUUUUGCCUCUCUCGUUGGUCCUUUGUAUAUUUAUGGGUCUUUGUUUUUGCUUUGUCUUUGUCUUGACUUUGACCAUCUAGUCGAUGGUUCGAACCCAAGUCUUUGUUUAUUUGAUUAUUGUUUGGAAUGCUACAGUGUAGUAAAGUGUUUUACGCUAUGUAUAAAAGUUAAAACCAGA